AAAACAUGCAUUUCAGGCAAAAAUAGUAGCAUCUUGAAUGAUCAGGAGGAAGUGUAGAAAAGAUUGGUAAUUUUUACAUCCUUUGCUUAAAAAAUGUACAAUAUUUAUUCAACCCCAAAGCAAACUCUUUUCCUAAGAAUUGAGCUUCUCAGAGCAUUUUCAUCUUCCAUUGCCUCUCGUGAAUAUGGACCAAGAAAUUGACAAUUUGAUAAUGAACAUGGGCUCUCUUGGAACCAGCUUUCCACAAAAGAGAGGAUUGUCUAGGUAUUACUCUGGUAAAUCAAGAUCAUUUGUUUGCAUGGAAGAUGUACACUCUGUGGAGGAUUUGAAGAAACCAGAACACUCUGAUGCAAAGAAAAGGAAGAAACGUUCUCAGAGGAAGGAACUGCUCAACCUUGCUCCAUAUCCUUGCCGAAGGGCACCAAGUUGCACUCAAUUAACCACUCCAUACGUCAACGUUUAGCAUUUUAUUUACUCCUACUUCCAAUUUUGUAGCUCAAACUCAUUCCAUAUGCUACCUUCCUAUGCCCCUAUGUAUAUAUUGAUUUCAUUCAUUUUACUUUAUAAUUCAAGCCAAACUGUUCACGCUUGAAUGUGGUUUUUGCUGUAUCUCUCCAGAAAAUUCAAAUAACAAUCUAUUAUCCAGUUUUUCCUCAUUCUUUUUC